GUCAUUGGUCGGCGCCGGAAAAAGCUUCUCUCCUUUACGGCGAAUCGCAGGCUCCGGGUUUGAGAUUGACUUGACAUAGACACGCUUAGUGUGAGGGACCAGGGCCGCCACCGCGGAUGGCGAGAGAUCUGAUUGGGCCGGCGCUACCGCCCGGCUUCAAGGCCAGCGGUUCAGCGGAGGACGAGGAGCGGGACCUCAGCCCGGUUGCAGGACCAGCUCUACCCCCUAAUUAUAAAAGCUGUAGUUCAGAGUCAUCAGACAGUGAUGAGGACAGUAGUUCUUUGUACGAAGAAGGAAAUCAAGAAUCUGAAGAAGAUGACACUGGUGCCACUGCAAGAAAACAGAGAAGACAUGAAGAAGAUGAUGAUGACGAUGAUGAAGGGUUUUUUGGACCAGCCCUUCCUCCUGGAUUUAAAAAGCAGGAUGAUUCUCCUCCAAGGCCUAUAAUAGGUCCCGCAUUACCACCUGGUUUUAUUAAAUCAACACAGAAAAGUGACAGAAGCAGAGAUGAUCCAGGACAAAUAUCAUCGUAUUUCAACUCCGAGAAGGAAACAGAUAGCAGUGAAGAAGAGGACAUUGUUGGACCGAUGCCUGCCAAAGGACCAGUGAACUCGAGUGUAUCGACAGAGUUUGAAAAAAGGGCUCAGAGAAUGAAAGAGAAACUGACGAAAGGAGACAACGACUCAUCUAAACCUAUUACAAGAGAGUCUUGGAUGACUGAGCUUCCUCCAGAAAUGAAAGACUUUGGUCUUGGGCCCAGAACUUUCAAGAGAAAAGCAGAUGACAAAUCUGGAGAUCGAUCAGUCUGGACAGACACUCCAGCCGACAGAGAAAGGAAAGCUAAGGAGACACAAGAAGCAAGAAAGUCAUUCAGCAAGAAGGAUGAAGAACACACAUUGUCAGGAAGGGAGAAGAGGUUGGCGGAGCAGGUAUCCUCCUACAAUGAAUCAAAAAGAUCAGAAUCUCUUAUGGACAUUCAUCAUAAAAAAUUAAAGAAUAAGGCUGCUGAAGAUAAAAAUAAGCCCCAAGAAAGAAUACCAUUCGACCGUGAUAAGGAUCUUAAAGUUCAUCGAUUUGAUGAAGCUCAGAAAAAAGCCCUGAUAAAGAAGUCUCGAGAACUAAACACCAGGUUUUCACAUGGCAAAGGCAAUAUGUUUUUAUAAGGGGAUUUCCCUGUGCAAUGAAGAAGCGUUGAAGAGUACUCUUUUUUUCCAGUCUGUUCACUUUUUUCCCAUUGUUUCGAGUUUCUUAAGAUUAGAGGAUUCCUUUAGUCUUAAAAAAGCAUACAGACUUCCCUUACUCUGCGCAUCCUUUAAAGUCAUGUGGAAACAUAAAAUCAGUGUGUCUUAUGCAGGGUACAGUUUUAAGUCUUGUGUUCUGAGGAAGUGUGGACUUUUAUUCAAAUAAUUGUUUUGAGGUUCCCCCCCUCACACUGCCUAAUUUUUGCGCUGUCUCACAAAUACCUUGUAAGGUCUAGACCGUCUAUCAAGUCUCUUCCACAGCUUGGACCCCCUCGUCAGAUAUUACUGACCUCGCGGGAGUGAGUGUGUCUGGUCCUCGCAAUAAAUCCAUGAAUUUGAAAUGGUUUGGUUUCCCUCUAAACUGCAGCCAGUGAACACACAACAUUUACUUGAAAAUACAGAGUCUGGAGGUUUUGUCCAUUUUGUUAUCAGUGUCUUGCUUGGGCACUCAGGGCUUUUUAUUUAUGAUUUGGAUUUUUUUUGUUUGUUUUUAAGUCAAAAAGGGGGACCCCUAGAGUUCCUUUGUGGCACAGCAGGUUAAGGAUUCAGUGUUGUCAUUGCAGGGGCUCGGGUCGCUGCUGUGGCGCGCCUGCGAUCCCUGGCCCUGGAACUUCCACGUACCGCAGCUGUGGCCAAAAAAAACCCAAAAGGGUUUCCUCUGCAUUAUUUUAUGUGCUGAGAAAAAACUAUUUUUAUUUUUCCAACUUUAGUAAGUAUUUCUAGGGGAGGCAGCCUGAGGGACAAGAUAUGCCCUUGGUGUGGAGUCUGAGAUUCUGUCUCUCAACCAAAGCUGUCUACGUUUUUAAACUGCUUUGGGGUGAUCUGACUUUGACCAUUUAUAUUUGACAAAUUUUAGUGAAUUUAGUGGGGAGGGAUCUUUUACAUCAGUCAUAAAUAGCUUUGUUAAAAAGUCAAAUUCAAUCCCUGAAUACAAAAGUGGAAACUGUCAUCAAAACUACCCUGAUCAAGUUAAGUUUCUGAUGCUUUAAGCACUGCCUCUAAGAUGUUAAUAAAAAAUUCUCGAUAGAUAGGAGUUCCUGUCGUAGCUCAUGGGGUUAAGGACCCGCUGUUGUCUCUGUGAGGAUGCAUGUCCCAUCCCUGGUCUUACUCAGUGGGUUAAGGAUCUGGCAGCAUAGGUCACAGAUGCAGCUCAGGUCCCAUGUUGUGGCUCUGUCCUAGGCUGCAGCUGCAGCUGCAGCUUCAAUUUGACCCCUGUCCCAGAACUUCCAUAUGCUGCGGCCGUAAAAAGGAAAAAAAGAGAAGAAAAUUCUCAAUAGUUAAAGCCUAAACUCAAAUUUUGUAAGCUAUAUUUUCUUAAGAUUAAUCCCGAUUCUGGUAGUUGUGUGUUCUGGUUUUGAUGAAGCAUAUGGUUUUAAUGGAAAAAGAUUCUGAAUCCUAGUGCAGUUAGGCUUUAUGAAAAUUGAGUAAACUGUUCAGGCAAAUUAUGGGACAAAUUUUUCUCCUUCUAAUCUUAGAAGUACAAUGGUAUUUUCCAUAACAAUAACCUACUCAAGGACUGUUACUAUUUAAAAGAUGAAUUAUUCUCCUAAGCAAGUUGAAAGGGCGUCUAAUCUAAGCAGAAUUGAACAGAGCUACCUUUGACUAAAGAAGUCAUUUUUAGCAGAUGAUAUUUUCUGAACAUAAAACUUUGUACAAGAGCAUCUAUGACUUUCAUUAAUUUUGUUAUAAUUUUUCCCCUGGUGGAAGGAAAAAAUGUUUUCUAGUUCUUGAUCCUUAUGUAAAUUCCUAACACAUAUUUUUGAGAAAUGUUGGUAUUUUUUUAAGGUAAAAAUGUCACCUUGGGAUACUUAUUUUUGCAUUGCUUUCCUCACCCUAAGGGUAGGUAGGGCUACUUCUAUAGUACAUCUCGACUGCUUCUUCCCUCACCCUUGCCAGGUCUGUGACCUUAGCAAAAGGGAGAAAAGCCCUCUCGUCUGCCUAAUCCUUUACAUUAAGUGACCACCUUGCCGGUACCUCUGGUCUAGCCCUCUUUUAUGCUACCCUGAGGACAGUUUUAGCAAAACACGAGGCCAGAAGUUUUUUGCCCCUUGCAGAGACUAAACUCAAUAUAACCACAUGGUCAAUAAAAGAACAACAUAGCUAUUUGCACAUCCCCUCCCCUCUUCCAAAGCUUCCAAAGGCCUGAUUAAAUCAAGUCUUCUCUCCAUCUGGUAGAAAAUUGGUAUCGUUGACAUUUUCUACUAAUAACUCUUUGCUUUCCUAUAAUUCUUGGCCAAACUUUGUAGACCUGUGACCUCUUUUGAAAGUUAAAAAUGAGGAGGAGGAAUUCACUUGUGGUACAGCGGGUUAAGGAUCUGGCAUUGUCUUUGCAGCAGCUCAGGUCACUGUUGUGGUGCAGGUUCUAUCCCUGGCCUGGAGUCUUCUGCAUGCCAUGGGUGUGGCCAAAAGAGAGGAAAAAAAAAAAUGAAGAAAAAAGAGCAACACUAAGUUAACAAAUAGAGCAGACACUUUAACAUUCUUUAGUUUUGGGUGGGGGGGUGGUGUCUCUCUUUUUCUUUUUUUUUUUUUUUAGGGCCACUCCAUGGGCAUAUGGAGGUUCCCAGACUAGGGGUCCAGUAGGAGCUAUAGCCACCGGCCUACACCACAGCUCACAGCAACACCAGAUCCUUAACCCACUGAGCAAGGCCAGGGAUCGAACCUGUGUCCUCAUGGAUGCUAGUCAGAUUAGUUUCCACUGAGCCACGACCGGAACUCCCUAACAUUCUUUACUGUUUGGUGAAGGUGAGGUUUAGGUUCAUUGUACCUGUUCAGCUCUCUAAAUUAUUGUCUCAAGUGUUGAUGCUUCAGAUAACAACCACAUUACUGGUAAAUAAAUGACUUUAGUAAGUGGGAGAAUUGGGAGGUAAACAAAAGGUGAGCGAUAGUAGCUACACCCAUAAUAAGGCUGUAUCAUCAGAUAAAUUUUUUUGGAUUGGAAAAAUAUCAUAAAUUAAUCCCUAUUCUAAAAAGAAAGAAAGAGAAAGGCUGCAGUUUCACUGAGUUCUCUGACUUGUUCAGAGGUAGCAGCUUUUGACAUUUAUCACUUGAAAUUUAAUAGUUCUUUGGAUUAAUGACUUUUUUAGAAGUAAGGUUGGUAUUUACAUGGUAUCUACAUGCUCCAGAAUAGGUUAACAGUGAUUAUAUAAAUCAUUUGAUCCUGACACAUCUUGGCACUUUUUGUUUCUUGUAUCGGGUGGAUAAUGUUAACAUUAUUCCUCAGAAAUGUAUGAUCAUGGGAGAUAGUUUUUAGGCUAAUUACAGGCGUCCUUAUCACUACUCUUCACUUUUUCCCUGGCAAUGAUAGAUAUUGUUAGGGAAAAAUUUCUCUGUUGAGUUAUACACCUGAGAAGAAGAAUUAACUUGGAAGGAAGUAACUAGAGAUAGUAGUACCUGUGUAAUAUCAAUGCCAAAUCUUCUACUUUAGAAUGUUAAUUUUUUUACUUUGGCUUUUGAUGCCAUCAUGUGAUUUUUAGUGUGCAGUUAUGAAAGGUCAUGCAUUUCCUAUUAGGGGAGAGGUAUAUUUUUUUGCAGCUUAAAUAUUAACUGUGACUACAGUAUGUACCAAAUUUAAAAGCUAUACACUGCCCCUUUCAGUCUUUUCGUUUUGAACUUUACAAUUGAAAGACUUUUUAGAAAAAAGGAAUUCCUGAGGUGUAAUUUUUUUAUGUAUGAAUAAAGUUGCAUCUAUAUCUGAG